UCCAGAGGAGCCAAAGCCAAAGUUGGUUAUUCUACACCCUUGUGGACGUGGCCUGGGGACACCUUGGUGCAUCUGUGGGAUGUCAUGUGAGGACAGGAUGCCCUCCCCGCUUCCACCCCAGGAUCAGGUUUAUUCCCCAUCGUUGUCAGAAAGAACCCAGCUCAGACUGGAAAGUCUAGAAGAUACACACAUAAUUAAGGGAGAAGAUGAUGCUUUGUCAGACAAACACGGCUGCCCAGCCUACGUGAGCCCCGAGAUUCUCAACACCACAGGGACCUACUCCGGAAAGGCGGCGGACGUUUGGAGCCUCGGGGUGAUGCUCUACACCCUUUUGGUGGGACGCUACCCCUUCCAUGACUCAGACCCCAGUGCCCUUUUCUCCAAAAUCCGACGUGGACAGUUCUGCAUUCCUGACCACAUUUCCCCCAAAGCCAGGUGCCUCAUUCGCAGCCUCCUGAGACGGGAGCCUUCAGAAAGACUCACUGCUCCAGAGAUCUUACUCCAUCCCUGGUUCGAGUCUGUCUUGGAACCUGGGUACGUCGACUCAGAAAUAGGAACUUCCGACCAGAUUGUUCCAGAGUGCCAGGAGGACAGUGACGUCAGUUCCUUCUUCUGCUAAUCCCGAAACCUCAGAAACCUCAUAAUUCUCACACAUGGCAUUUCCAUUUCUAAAGAUGGACAGGCCGUUCGGCGCCUGGCCAGCCAGACACGUGAUGGCAUAAAGACUGUCGCCUGCUGAAUUCAACAUGGCGCCCUCUUUCUUCUCUGUCCUGAUGAGUGACUGUGGAGGUGAGCAGCAUACACUCUGAUUGGCUGCCCUGCAGAGUUGUUUCCCCUAAUGAGCCUUCACCAACUGUCCCUUUGUCAGAUUUGGGGGUUCUGCAUCUUUUACAGGUGGCAAGGAGUAUGGAUAUCCUACAGCAUGUGAUCGAGUGAAAUGAACAUUCUAAAGGGAGAGGAAAUGAAUCGCACAAUGGCAUUUUGGGCAAGAACCAUAUUUUUAACAGGGUGACAAAUAAUUUGGGCCAAUAAACCUGCCAUCUUCGAACUUGUCUUUGGUAGCCAGACUUUUGCUACCCUAGCUUCUCUGAUCGGAAAGUUGUUUUUUCUGGUUUGGUUUAACACUCACCCUUUCUUCAUCUUUUUGGAGCAGACUGUUUCAGGGGCAUAGGAGCCUGCCUGAACCAUGAACCCAGAAUUUCUCCUCCAUUUCCUGCCAAGACCUCAUUGCACUAAUGCCCUCUUUCUGACCUUGAAAUGCGCCCUCCCCCCCUUCACUAUAAAAGCACUUACCAGCUAACUGUGGAAAAGCAUCAUAAAAGAUUCAAACUCCUGGCUCUUUUAGAACUCUGAGCUCAGACAGAGAGACUGGAGACCUUUAACAAGAAUUUGAGCACUUGGAAACCAUUAGCUUUCUUGGUUCCCCUCAAAUAUGUUAGCAUUUAUCCUUUACUUUUUUCCCCAAGACCAUCUCAGGGUGGAGCAUUUUGUCUAGGAGGAGAAAGAUGAGAAGGCUUUCCACUCCCUCUCCCAGGAGCAAAUGUUAAACAUCUUUGUGCUUCAGAGAAAGUGAAUUUUGGAUAGUCUUAGACGGUUCUCAGACUAACUUCCAGAAUUGUACUUUAACCACCCCCAUGGGUAUGGUCUGCAGUUUUGCAUGACAGGUUGUUAAUAUUUCAGAUGUGGUGUGGUUUAUGAAUACAUCUGUAUCAUCAGUAUCUGGGAUGAAAUAGCAAGCCCCAAAUCUUUAAACUUGAAAGGGACGUUAAAAGUCAUCUGGUCCAACUUCUUUCGUUUCUCUGCCACCUCCCAGUGCAGAAAUCCGCCCCCCCCCCACACACAGCUUCUUUCACAGGUGGGUCUGCAACCUCUUUCUGAAUGCUUCCAGAGAUGGGAACUCACUACCUACAAAAGAUAGAGCUUAACAAAGAAACUGCCACUUGCAUUAAAAAAACAAGUACAGAUGAAAUAUCAGUAAAUGUCUCAGACAGUACUGAAAUCAGGUGAUUAAACGGGUAAACCAAACAUACUGUAUUUUGAGAAAUGGCACAAAAACAGGCAGUCACUUUUAAGGGCUACGCCUAGGCAAACUACUAACAUGCAUUGUGAGAAUACCGUGUAUACCUCACGUACUGUGUACUUUGUACAUAUAGUGUACCUUUUAUACAUAUGUCCUAUUUUUUUGUUGUUGUUUUGGCUCUGACGCUUGUUCUGUUGUCUGUGUCUGUCUGAAUAACCUGCGUGUCUAAGACCACGUGAAAUGUGAAUGAUCAUUGGCAAUAUUACCUUGACAGAAUCAUGGGACUUGGAGAAGAGGGAGGACAGAAGCCUCUGUCCCACUAACGCUCUUGUGGUUGCUUGAAUGUUGUAUCUGUGAUACAUGACCCGGCUAAGGACUCUGGGCUGGCUGGGGCUUCGAAACACUAGAUCCUUCCUGUACAUGUGUAUAUAUGUGAGACGGCUGUUUCUGACUUGUAGAGAAAUUUUAAUAAAUCUGGUUUCGUAGAUAGGCGCAGUGACUUUCUUUGGAGUCCAAUCCGCCAUUGCCUGGUACGGUUUCACGCUGAGGAUGCAAAGGUCUCUGGCAUCAGGGCCUGGAAUCUCGAGGAGGAGAUGGAGAAGUAAACAGAUGAUGCUUAUUACGUAUGACCUUUGACAGCUGAGCCCAUUCACUUUUUCCAUUGACGUGGGCAAAUUCAUUUUGAUGGGGGAAACCAAUUUGGUGAAUCAGGUUGGUGAGGGCUGUGGAUUGAGUUUAGAGUGGAGCAUGCAUAGAAGAGUCUUGAGUGGUAAGAGUCCCGCUGACUGACGGUCCUUUUUAGUUUAGGACCUUGAGAAUUUGAGGAAAAUUGUGGACACUUCUCAGAAAAAUGUACAUGUAUAUCCAACAGAGUUUUGUUGUAAUUUCAAAGGUCCACGUACAUCCCUGAAGGCAUCACAGGACUUCUGCUGAGAACCAACCUCCCCCCUUACCUCCCCCAUUAGACUUAAUUAAAAUGGCUAAUUGAGGCUCUUCCUCUUUUUCCUUUUUUCCUGUAAGUGUGAAAAUGGAACUAAAGGAAGGAAAACUGAAAGCAACGUUAUUUUGAAUUACGAAGGCAGAGAAAGAGAAAGGAUUUUGAUUUGAUUAGGUUGUAUAGCUUCACUAUCACAUCAGAAUUUAUUCUAUAUGAAGUCGGCAUCCAGAGUGAUUUUUAAAAAAACCUUUGCAUUGUCAGUGUAGCAGAUAUAUAUAGAAAAAUGCACGUAGAAGUGUGUGGCUCUGAAUUUUCACAAAACAAACACACUGGCCUAAACUACAGUCAGGGCAAGGAAACAAAACACUGCCAGGACCCCAGGAGCCCCCUCCUACCCGUUUCAGUCCCUACCUGACACCUCCUCCAAGGGUUAUCACCGUGGGACAGAAUUUUAACUCUAAGUUCUAAUGGUGAAAGUUAGAAUGAGGACUAAGUCAUCACUCUGGGCUUAAAGGAAAAGGCAUACAGAAAUUGCAGAUGACACGGUUGCCCUUUUCUAGGAUUUAGGCUGAGAUCACUCAGGAAAGAGACCUAUGACACCAAAGUAAGUGCAACUCAGGCCUCGUGACCCAGGAACUUAAGAAACGGAAAAAGCACAAAGCAACACAAAGAAUGGUCAGAUGCCUGAGUAGCUGAGACUAGGAAGCUGGGAGUUGUUCUAGGGCCAUUCCACGAAGAAGACCCUUAAACCCCAAAGUUCCUGGGUCCUCAGAACAUACACUGCAAUUUCUCCCUGCCCUGAUGAACGCAGGCAAGGCUCAGCACAUCUCCUUGGGCACACAGAAGGCUAAUACUUUGGACUUCACAGAGCUUUUUAAUCUAAGGAUUUCAAAAUACUUUGCAAGCAAUUAAGGUUACAGCACCUUUUUGUUCUGUCGUUGCAUGAACAAAGUGGAGAGAAAUAUGGGUCAGGAUUGGCUGGGAUGACACGUGAUGCCACAAAUCCAUAAAGUUAAUCUCUUCAAAGGUUGGAACAAAUCUGGGGCAAUCACAACCAGUUACAUCGUAGAAGGUUGGAAGGAGAGUGUACCGAGCACUGGUUAAAAAGCUGAUCACUUUUAUUUUCUCUUGUACCCUCAACAUAAAUCAUUCAAGUAACAUCUCAAUGACUCUUUAUUCAUACUGUACUUUCUAGAAGUUUUCACUCUUUUUCUCCCCUUUUCCUUCUCCCUCUCCUUCUCUCUCUCCUUUUAUAUUCACAGCAGCCAAGUGAAAUAGGCAAGUCAAAUAUUAUUUGCUCCAUUUGAUAGAUGAGAAAACAGGCUCGAAUGUCUUUCAGGAGCUACUUAGAAGUAAGCAGCUCAGGGCUGGAACAUAAACUCAGGUCUUUUACUCCUUGUCUAAUGUUGUGGCUAUGUCUGCACACGGUUGUUUAAAUUCUUCUGGUAAGAAUGACAACUGGAGAAGAUGGUUCAAGACAAAUACAGAUACUGAGAUUUUAGCCCCCCCCGACGGCUUCACAACGAUUCAGUACGUCAGUUAUAAAGGUGGGAGCAUUACUGAAGAUGAGAGAUAUCCAUUAUUCAAAAAACAUUUACUGUUCACCUACCGUGUGCCAGGCACUGUGGUAGACCCUUGGGAAACAGAUGACCAAGACUCAGUCCUAGCUCAGUGAAUAGAAAGCUCCAUGAAGUUGGGGACUGUGACUGUCUUUGUCACCCCUGGCUCCCAGCACUCAGCUCAGUGCCCAUCGCAG